GAGUAAAAAUACAUGGAAAAGAAAUCACACCUCUUAUGUGUUUGUGCAGCAUGCACAAUCGUUUUUAUCAUUUCGUUCAAUCGUUCAUCUUGAUCUGAAAAUUCACACCGCAUGUUGGCGUGUGCAAAGAGCGGCACUGAUUUCAAAGGGUUAUUUAUCCAUCAUUAUUUGCAUAUAUUAGCCAUUUCUGAGUUUGUGUUUUUGGAGGGUGUGUUGAGCCGAAGAAUGUGGAAAAGUGGAAGAAAUGCAUGAAAAUGCGCCGGGAUACUCUCGCAGCAUUUUAAUAGGUUGCAGCUCGCAAGCCGACAAGUACAGACAUCAUUCCUCCGCUAGACAAGCGCGUGGACAGACUGCCUUUCCUCUUUAGUUCGCUUUCGCUUUUAUUUUUUCAACAAACACCUGCAUUUUAUUCAGCACAUUCAAAAGAGGACAAUGUCCUUUUCUCUUCUUUUGAAACCCAAGCGUGUGCGUCGGAGAUUUUUGUUCCAGUCUUGAUUAUUUUCUCGGUUCCUGGAGGUGUUAUUGCAAUUGAAGUGUGUCAUCAUUUGCUCUGAACAAGAGCAGGAACAUGCUCGGGGAUUCAAUCGAGAGAUAAGGGGGCUUUUCCAGUAGACUAGACAAAUCUUGGACAUUUGCAAGCGUUUUAUUGUGAUACAUACAUAUACCGCGCGUUUUUUUCUGCUUCUGCUUCAUAUAAGGUUGUACUAUGGACUACAAGCUCUGACGUCUGCAUCAGAUAUUUUCUGCUGCAUUUCUUUAAAUGUGCAUCUUUUCUCCCCUGUGACUUUGAGAGGAACAUCUCGACCAUCAGCAGUAGGGGAUGCAGAUUUCAUUUUUUUCCCCCACCUCCAACCUUUAUAGCUGAGGGGGGGAAACAAAUAAAAAUAUCGCACAUUGUGGAGCACCCCCUCUUUGAAGGAGCAUCACUGGAGCCAUGGCUUGUCCACAGCUUUGGACCUGGAAACUGCGACGACAGGUGUAGAAGAAGACUGAUACUCUUUCAUUUUUUUUUCAUUUUUUUUUCAUCAUCAUAUCUUUAUUUUUUCUCCAUGGUUUGGUUGAAGAAGACUUUCCAGCACUUUUUCCAGAAGUCCUGUCGAAGCUGAGAGAUGUCUGAUCUUCUGGUGUUGAUCGAGGGGGUCUCUGACCUGCACGGAUUUCCAUAGCUGAAGAAAAACAGCUGGGACCCAUUAAAGAUUUUUUCUUUUUCUUUUUCCCCCCUUUUUUUUUUUUUUUUUUUUUUUUUUUUUUUCUCCUUUUCUUGUUCUUUUUUUUUUCUCGAGGCCAUCACAAAUGUGUGCAUUGGUGCUUUGAUCUCAGUCAUUCAUUUGGCCUUUUUUCUCCCAUCCCCUUUUGUUGGAUUCUUUUUGUCUUCGUCUUUUUUUUUUCCUUUCUUUCUUUUUGUCUUUUUUUUCUCGUUUUUAACAUCAGUUUGGAGCACGGGCGGUUGGAUUACUGAAAUUGAAUAAACGGAUUUGUGGAAAUGUUGGGUCCUCAAGAAGACAAAUUAUGUGGAAUUGUUUCUGCUCUGGCGGCCUUGUCCUUUGUCUGCUUUGCACAAAGCACCUCCACCGGAAAUACCGGAAUAUCUGUGGCCAAGACGACAGUGGACAAAUUGCUGAAGGGGUAUGACAUCCGCCUUCGGCCAGACUUCGGAGGUCCUCCAGUCAUUGUCGGAAUGAGUAUAAAUAUCGCCAGUAUUGACUCCAUUUCAGAAGUCAACAUGGACUACACCAUCACCAUGUAUUUCCAACAAAGCUGGAGGGACAAACGGUUGGCCUAUGCUGAGAUGGCUUUGAACCUCACUUUGGACAACCGCGUGGCUGAUCAGUUAUGGCUCCCAGAUACCUACUUCCUGAAUGACAAGAAGUCUUUCCUACACGGUGUGACGGUGAAGAACCGAAUGAUUCGGCUCCAUCCAGAUGGCACUGUUCUGUAUGGACUGAGAAUAACCACUACAGCAGCCUGCAUGAUGGACCUGAGACGGUACCCCCUCGAUGAACAGAACUGCACCCUGGAGAUUGAGAGUUAUGGGUACACCACAGAUGAUAUCGUGUUCUUUUGGCAAGGAGGGGACAAUGCUGUGACAGGUGUGGACAAACUGGAAUUGCCCCAGUUCUCCAUUGUGGAGCUGCGUCUUGUGUCCAGGGAAGUGAGGUUUACUACAGGUUCAUACCCUCGGCUGUCGUUGAGUUUCCGCAUCAAGAGAAACAUCGGCUACUUUAUCCUGCAGACUUACAUGCCCUCCAUCCUGAUCACAAUCUUGUCCUGGGUCUCCUUCUGGAUUAACUACGAUGCCUCUGCUGCUCGCGUGGCCCUGGGUGUAACUACGGUGCUCACUAUGACAACCAUUAACACCCACCUGAGGGAGACCCUCCCAAAGAUCCCCUAUGUGAAAGCCAUCGACGUCUACCUCAUGGGCUGCUUCGUCUUUGUUUUCCUGGCCCUGCUCGAAUAUGCCUUCGUAAACUAUGUGUUCUUUGGACGGGGACCCCAGCAGCAGAAAAAGAUCAACGAAAGGCUAAACAAAGCCAACAACGAGCGUCCCCGCUAUGAGGAGAAGCGUCUGAGGGAACAGGACUCCAUUUCAGCGCCGUUUCAAAGCAACACCCUCAGGUCAUAUACACAGCGAAGAAAUCUGUAUCUCGAGGAACAAAGAAAAGUCGGGGUGGAUGCUUACGGCAACAUUCUUCUCACCACUUUGGAGAUGAACAAUGAGGUGAUGCCGUCCGACGUCGGCAGCAGCGUCAGUGACUCACGGAACUCCGUCAUGUCCUUUGACAGCUCCGGAGUGCAGUUCCGCAAACCCAUGGCUUCGCGGGACGGGUUCAGCCACCACUCGUUGGACCGCAGUGCCAUGCGCAGUCGCGCCAACUGCCGGCUAAGAAGGCGCUCGUCCAAGCUGAAGCUCAAAAUCCCCAACUUGACGGAUGUUAGCACCAUUGACAAGUGGUCCCGGGUCAUUUUUCCUAUCACUUUUGGAUUCUUCAACCUUAUCUAUUGGUUGUAUUAUGUGAAUUGAUAUGCGUUCCCCUAGGAAACAUGGGCCAUAUUUUGAGAGCACAUUGAAUUGGCUUUGAUACAAUUGGAAAAUAUGUGUACACAUAUAUGAAAAGUUGAUACAUAUGUAUAUGCAUAUUUCUAUAUAUUAUAUUUCUAUAUACACAUGCGUGUGUAAAAUCUAAAGGACUUUUCUGGUGUAAAAAAGAACAAAAAAAAGAAACGUAUUAUAUAGAAUGACUUGAAUGUUUAAGAAUAAUACAAAAGAAACAUUUCAAGUAUUUGAAUUCUUUUCCUUCUGAAGCAAACAACGAAUAACAUACAUUAGUCCCCCGUUCGAGGGUACGGAACUAAAGACUGCAUGAUAUUUUUGCUAAAAGAAAAGAUCGCAAGAGAAAAAGAGCGUUUCAUCGGCUUUUUAUCGAUACUGUAAUCGACCUCUCCCAAUCGCAGCUCAUGAAAUCAGAAGUGGCUUGUGCAUUUCGGGGCAUCAACCGUGCAGGCCCCGAGACCCGAUCCACCGCUUUCCCCAUCCCCAUGGAAGAGACUGACGGAAAAGUCCGUUUCUACACUGUACAGCAACCUCUUUUGGAAUUAUGUGUCAUUCCUUGAUUUUUGCAAGUGACAGGCGUUCUCUUUAUCGGACCUCUCAGCUCUGGUCAAUGGUUUACACUGGACGGCCAUCUUGAGUUUUAACCAAUGCAUCCUGCCCAGAGUCAGUACGUUUCAUUUUCUCUCUUCUCUUUUUUGCAGAUUCUCCUUUCUUUCAUUUUUGAGCUAAGGGUAUAAUCAUCAUUUUGGAGGGCAUCACCUGAACAUGUUCUAGAGGUAGUUCAUUAAUAGAUAAUAAGCCACUGGUAUGCUUCAUUCAUUGGGAAUUGAAGAAAAUGAAGAAGAAGAAGAAGAAGAAGAAAAGAGUACAUUAAUUCAUUCAGUAGCCUUAUUGACAUGGUCAGGUAGUAUUGUUGUUCUUUCUUUACUCUUGUUCCUAGUGCAUUUCAUCUGUUCUCUUGAUACAGUAUUCAUGAACAUCUUGUAGAGCUUUGUGUUGUUUGGAAUGGAGGGAAACCCUUAGUGAGCUGUAACGUUUCUUUAGAACUUGGAUUUGAAGUUAGUCCAACUAUGUGAAAAUGUACAAAAUAAGGAAAGAAAAGAUUAUUGUGUAUUCAACAGGGGAUGUGACCAUGUUUUUAUCUGUUUCAUGUUUAAGUCAACCACUCGAACCAUAGUGUGACCUGAUAUUGUAUAUAUUCAGUCAUUGUAGUGAUCCAUCCUGAGAAUGAUAUACGCUGAUGUUUUUAGUUUCUCUAAAAUGUGCCUGUCUGAAACCUGAAGGAUGUGUCCUCAGUUCAUCAAUCAGUGAAAGAGGGCCGAAUGACCCUUGAUCUUUGACCUUUCACUUUAAGCACUGCAGACCCACCCACAGCUCUGACGUUUUGCAUCUUGGGAUCGAAUCUCAAAGAUGAAUGACAUCAGCAUAAUCAGGAAAAAAAAAAAAGCUUCUGAGUCUUUUCGGGGCAAAAUGACAUGUACGAUAAAAGCCAUGAACUGAAGUGACAACCAAAAAGGCCUAUAAUCCAUUUCUCUUUUUACCAUUUACCUCUUAUUCACCCGCCACCAAUUCUUUUUAGCUUCGCCUCAUUAUGAUUUACCUCAGCUUCACUGACAUUGAGGUUGCCAGAUCUUUCUCUAUCUCCAGGUGACCGCAAACUCCCACUCAAAUCCAUAUACCAAUUCAUCUGCCGUCCAUAUUCAUUCAAAACUCAUUUCUGGUAGUGUCUAGAUGUCUCAAUGCUCAGAGUAGUUCAGUUGAGUAGAAGCAUGCUGGAUCAGCAAUGCUGGAUCAGUUCUUGAAGAUACGGAUGAGAACUGAAUUUCUGAAUAACUGGGCAAGGGGACAUUUAAAAGCGAGGGGGGUCCGGUGGUGGUUUGAGAACACGAGAGCCCUGGAUUUGCUUGAGGUCCCUGAGGGGGAUAUUCUGAGCAGGCCUCAGACCUCAGAGCUCAGCAGAGUCCCUUGGCUCUCGACUCCCACACCAGACCUCUCAACUCUCUGAAAGUGUGGACCAGCGACCAGAUCACCAAAAGAUCACCCAUUCCAUGGAAAAACAAAGGAAUCAGGGAAAUCUGAAGGUAUAGAAGGCUGUACCUCAAGGUACUCGCAAGAUCCUACGCUACUUGUCAGCAGAUGAAGCACGUUCAAAGGAUUUCCACUUAUUGUGUUAUUAUAUUUGUUAUUGUGAGCACGACCAUAACACCUGUGCAAGGGAGCCAGUACUCUCAAGUGCAAAGCAAGACAUGCACAGUUGCAUGCACAGUGUAGCAAUUCAGUUAAGCGCAAAUCUGCACUAAAAGAGGAUGGAGGUCAGAGUGCUUUUCAUGAGAAACCCUAACUAUUAUGAGUGUUAUGGGGGUGCCUUGGCCAGUUGCAACUCCCAGCAGGCAUUCAAGAUGCUGCAAAGCUUUGCCAAUGAACGUUCAAAGGCAGAGUAGUUAGGUAUACACAUUUAAUCUAUAGUGUUUAGAUGUGAAUUUACAAUGUAGAUCAGACCUUUUAAGCUGCAGUAUCAAUCCACCUCUACUAGUGCAGUGUUGUAGACAAGUGUAGUGAUAAGUUGAAAAUGCCAACUGCACCGUUAGCCAACUUUUUUUGUUCUGUUGUUUGUUUUUGAGAUCGAAAAAUAGAGUUUGCUUUGCCUUUGACAAAUUGGAAAAGUGGCACGACGUCUAGGUGGCAUCUAUAUACUUAAGUUUAUUAUCAUUUGCGCGCCAGCCACUAUUAACUGAUAAGACUGCACAAUUAAAAGGAUGUUGAUAUAUUUUUGUAUCAGAUAUUACUGCUCUAAGUUAUCAAUCAGUGUCCAUAGGUGCUCUAAUUGUUUCCUUAGAGUGACUAUAGAGAAAAUGCAUACAGUAUCAUAAUCUGUGGUUCGGUAGAAAUUCUUAGUGGUAGUUUGUACAAGAAGUUUCAUAACUAUAUACAUAUAUAAGUUAGUGCCCAUUUACUACAUAGCUUCAUUAUACCGUCUAGUAGACAUGCUGGCACUAUGCAGUCGUUCUCGCUAAUGGUCAGUUUAACGUUCCACAGGGUAACCUGAAACAUUAUUGGUCUAUGCGUCCUGACCAAUCACGAUAGGCAAGGGUUAAAUUUUUCGAUAAAGUAGGGAUUAGCGAAAUGCUAAUACAGCCAUACUGUGCCACUGAGACAUGUUGGAUGUUGAAUUUGUUCAAAUGGAUAUUGUGUUGAUCAUCAACAUGUUCUUGUAGCACCAGCACUCUGUUUAUUCACAGUGAGCUUACACCUAGGACAGAUUUUUGGUAAGAUUCUGGUUUGUGGGCAUUUGUCCCUGCAAGAUUUGCCUUAACGAGAUCACUAAGCAUUUUUCAUUAAAUAUUUCUGAGCAAUACAAUGCAAAUACAACAACGUUCAUGAGAGAGUGAUCCUCUUUCAACUCAAUUCAAGCCUUAAACAUGGUUAUAGAGCAUUAUGAUUUGAUCAUCGGACAUUUGGGGUACAAUUAAGUUAGCAGUUCUAGAACCUAGAAAAUAUAGCGACAAAUUAGUUCCCUCAAAUGUCUCACCUAGGUACUCUGGCUAUGUUUCCACUGCUUAACCUCAGAACCUCAAAAUGUAGAACUAAAUAUUUACAGGUUUAGAAUUCUGAUGUCUCACUUUUAUAAUCGCGCCUAUAUCUUACAAUUAUGACUUUGUUAUUGUGACUUUUAUCUCACAAUUUCUGUAAUAGUGUCUUGUUUUCAUCAAUAUUAUUAUAUUAUUUCUUGUAACUGUGCAAUCUCCUAACUGCAACUUAAUUUCUCAUAAUUGCAUCUGGAAAAAAAAAUAUAGAUAUAUUUCAGUGUUUAAUCCGGGUUAUUUGGUUCUGAGUUUUGUGAGUGGAAACAUGGAUAUUGUAGAGUAAUUCGUCUAAGAAAGUAUGGUAAAAAAAAUACAUGGAUUUUAUGGAUUACAGAUUACAUCGCAAGUAGUAGAACUAAAUUAUUCCCAGAACAUGGAAGGUAUACACGUAGCCCAAAUGCUAAUUUCUUUAUAGUCGGCCUGCUCGAACUGUCUGCAACCUACUGCAGUAGAUAGCUCUACUGAAUAUCUUAUAUCUACUAUGGCACGAGUUGCUGUUUUAGAAAAAGCUAUCAGGUCAAUCAUACAAUCUCACACAGCGUUUCACUAAGGGAGGUGGUGCAUGCAACAAACCAUACUAGCAUUUUAGGUUUUUAUUUGAACGUUUAUAGUUUCAUCAUAGUGCUAGAAUAGAUAAAUUGUCAUUAAGACCAAUUUGCCAGUUUACAAGGGUCAUUUGGCCAAAAUACUCAGAUAAAUGUAGCAGCGCUGAGUUGGGAGGGUGAUGGUAGUUGACUCAUGGCGGUCCGUGUUAAAUUAGCUUUUUUGUUCUUAAAAUCGUUUAAAUUUUGUAAUCUCAAUUUCAAAAUCACAACAUUAUUACUGAGUCUGCAUGAUUAGCUAUUUUGUCUUUUGUUGUGCAUUUUAAUGAAAGUAAUUGAUCUUGAAGGUCAGUGGCUGUGUUAUCAGUCUAUCGAAGAAUGUGUCAGAUGUGUGGGUUUUAAAUUGUGAUAGGAAUUGCUGCUAAUUACCACUUUUAGCUAGUGAUGAGCAAAACAGCGUUCACUUGUGACCAUUUUAAUAUACACGUGUCAUGUCUAGCAUUUGGCCGUUCUUUGCCACUUUAAAAACUGUGUUUGAAAUGGGCCCUUCGUGUCUAUAUUUGUAACAACUAAUCUUGCACACUCUCUGAAGAAUAGUGGCUCAGCCACAGAUACACUGUUUUAACACAAAAAUGGUGGACUCCAUCUACGGAGAUGGAUGUUAUUUUGGAAAUAGCGGGACAAGAAUAGCAUUUAGAAUAGCAUUGUGUCAAGGUAGCAUACUCUUGAGCACUGAUGGGAUUGUUGGCCUUUUUUUUUAGGAGAAUGUGACUCAUCGUAAUAUUAAAAUAUGAUUUCUUCUGUGUAAUUUGCUAUCUGGUUAGGGGAUUGGGGACACAUUUUCCUUUAGCCUUGCACUUUGCUUUAGUUCUAGACCAAUUUAUUGUUUGUUCAUGUUUUUUGUCCUUUUCUUAAAAGAGCUUUGCACAACUUACGGGGGGAGGGUAUGGCAGAACUCAAUGAGGCUAAUGUGUUCUGAUGACAAUAAAGGACAUAAUUAUCUACGCACUUCACACAAAUCACCCCAUAUGCUCACUUCCACAUUUUCAUACCAUUAACAUAACUCGACAAAUCAUCGAAUAGCUUUUCCUCGAGUACAUCGUUUUUGUCUUUUGCUACAUCCAUCCAUGAAGCAGGAGAAAAGGAAGUACAAAAACUGUUGAACUGAUUUUAAUGUGAAUUUUCUUGCCUCUUGUGUAUAUGUGUAAUUACAUGUGAAUUGUAUUGUAAAUAUGAUAUCUUUCACUUAUAUUUCUUAAUGCAUGAACAAAACAGGGCAGUUGGUAAUAACAGCUAGCCUCAAUGCUACUGGCAUGGACAGCUUUUACAGCACCGGCAUAACUUCUGCAAACGAAACCUAUCUCUGAAAAAAAACAAAAAGAAAAAGAAAAGGAGAAAAACUCACAAAAAAGACAUCGGUUUUGUUUUGCAUGUCUCUUUUCGGAAAGGUUUAUUUUCAUAAUUUCUUUUCUAUUUCUAAAACUGGCCAUUCAUAUCACCCUCACAUACAAAGAAAGUAAGCUUUUUGCUUCUUCCUGUGCACAGAGAUCGAACCAAACACUGUAAAUCUUAAAUUAAAAAUAGAAAACAAAAAAGAAAAAUAUUAAGUAUAUCAGAAAAGGAGAGUUACGGAGAAAACGAUUCAUGGAAUCACCAUUUAAAAAAAAAAAAAAGAAUAUGCGAAGAUAUGCACAUUUUCAUCCUCUCUUGCUUUUUUUGUAUAUCGCAUACAGUUGAGAGUAGAUAGCCACACCUAUUAAGCCAUUAGUUCAAAGUAGACUAGACCUGCUUACAUCUCGUUGAACAAAACAGCAAGUUAAAGUUUCAUGCCAUGAGAAUGCAUGACUGGCAGAGCAAAUUCUCUGAGUUUGUCGAAAUGUACGGGCCAGUGACUUUGCUGUGCUGAUUCUUUUUUUUUCUUUGCGCCGGGAUAGCGUUACUGAUAUAGCGAAUUAUAACUCACAAACACAGCACACACGAGCAAA